GGCGUCGUCCAGAGCGUCCCGCACCCCGGCGCCAACCCCAACGGGUCCCUGCCGCGCCAGCUGCCGCCACAACAGGAGGUCCUGGUGCGCUCCUUCGGCUCGGCCGAGAUCCCCAAGCAGCCCGGCGCGGCCCUAGGGGCCCUGGCGCCGCACGCAGAGCCGCAGCCCGCCCUCAAGGGCGCCACCAGCGUCUCCAGCCUGGACAGCAAGCGCCACAAGUUCCACCUGCCCAAGCAGCUGCACCUCCGCGGCAGCAAGGCGCGCGCCAACGCCGCGGCCCCCGACGUCGCCUCCACCAACAUCGCGGCCUCCGCGGCCUCCAACGGCAACGCCGGCAACGCGAACCCCAGCCCGGCGCAUGCAUCCGCGGCCGCGCCCGCUGUCAACAACAACAACAACAGCAACAACAUCAAUAACAAUCACAACGGCAGCGUCAGCCCCAUGGAGCUGGAGCUGGAGUCGGUGCAGGGCGAGCUGGAGAAGGUGUCUCGCGACAAGCUGCAGCUGCAGGCCCGCGUCGAGGAGCUGUCCGGCUGCCAGGGCGAGCUGCAGUCCCUCCGACAAGAAGUGGCGCGGCUACGGGAACAGCACACUGCUGGAAUGGAACUAAGCCUUGAAAACAUGGCAGCCCACAAUGGCCCAUUGUCAGACACCGAAAAGGAGCAGCUUCUCCUCAACAGUAGUAAUCGUCAAAAGUCACCCGUACCUGCCUCUUUCAGCAAUGGAGUCGUCAAUGACUUAUGUGCAACAACAAGUACUAACGGAAUCCUCCCAGAUGUCCUGGACCCAACUUGCGUCACUCCUGAUCGUGAUCGAGAUUGGGACAAACAUUCCUGUAGUAGUCUCAGUGAAGUCUCAGUAGCUUGUUUACAAGAUAGGAUAAUGCAAAUGGAAGAGACACAUUACAGCACAAAUGAAGAGUUGCAGGCCACUCUCCAAGAACUUGCUGACCUGCAAGCUCAACUUACAGAACAACAGUCAGAAAAUGAACGAUUGACUGAAGAAAAGGGAGUUCUUCUUGAAUCCUUGCGCUGGCAAACUGAGAAACUGGAAGACUCUCGAGCAAAAGUUGAUACUUUGCAUGAACUUUUGUUAAGAGAAGAAGCUGGGAGUGGACCUGGAGGCGGUGGGGAUGCUGCCAAUGGACAAGCUGAAAGAGAACAGAAGCUUGUUGAACUCCUAAAGAGUGGGCAGGAAGAGAGGGAAGCCCUUCUAGUCAAGCAGGAAGAGUUAACAACCGAGCUAAUUGAACUAAGAGGUGCGACUGAUUCUCAUGCUGCUGAAUGUGCAAGACUGACCGAUAGAGUGAGACUCUUGGAAUCUACUGUUGAUGCUACUCACGCUGAAAGGAAACAUCUCGAUCAAGAAUUGGCUCUUGCCAAGGAAGAAAGUAGCUCAAGGCACAUUGAAAUCUCAAGGCUAUCAACUUUACUUGAGAAUGCUAGAGCUAAGAUUGAAGAGUUGGAUCAUGCCCGGGAGUUAGGAGACAAGUCAGAAAUAGAAGCAUUACUGGAUAAUGUAAGGAAAGAGAAAGACGUACUUGAAAGCCAAGUUGCUUCCCUUCAAGAACAAUUAUCCCGGUCUCAGUGUGAAGUUUCAAAACUUCGUGAGCAACUUAGUUCUUUACAAGAAGAGUGCAAGGUUAUGCGUAAUAAUGCAAAGUGUGCUAAGAGUGACCUUGAAUAUCAGUGUGAACAAAUCCGCAAAGAGAAAUCAGGUUUAGCCACAGAGCUUGCUUCUUUACAAGAAUCAGCAAACGAGUUGAGAAUGCAAGUACAAUGUCAUCUUGAAGACAAACGACAGCUGAAAGCUGCUCUUUCUGAAGGCCAGAGGCACUGCGCUGAUAUUCAACAGCGUUUAGCAAUCCAUGAGACUGAACUUGCAGAAGAAAAGAGACUUCGUAGUGAAGAGAGUGCUGAAUGGCAGCAGUUCCAAUCUGAUUUAUUAAUGACUGUUAGAGUAGCUAAUGAUUUCAAGACUGAAGCGCAACAUGAACUGGAAAAAUUGGUUUUGGAAAACAAAACUCUUAGGGAUAAAAAUCGGUCAUUGGAGUCUCAGGUGGAGAAGCUUAAAGUGUGCAGCAAUAUUUCUGAGGAAGAUCACCAUGUGCCUGCCGGGGUGUUUUCUACUGAAGGAGCUGCUCCAGAGUGUUCUGAUUCAUCAUUGUUUCUGAAAAAAUCGACUGCACCAUCAGUUAAUGGGGACUGUGGCCCUAAAGCGUUUGGCAGUUGGGGCAUGAAUGUGGACCAUCAACCAGCAGACCUUGUGUUGCAUUUAUGUGGCAGACCAGAUGCUGAAGAGCUGAAUCAAGAUGCCGAUGAAGUUCCUGCAACUUUUGGUACUAAAAUGAAUGACAAAGAAGUUUUCUGUGAAUCAUUAGUGGAAGCAACCCCAAGGAAUAGAAGUAAAAGACGACUGGAACAAAGUUUAGAUGCUUCAGUUGGCAUGUCAAUUUCUGCUGCUACCUCAGAGUUCAGUGAACCGCAUAUUUCAUCUCCAUCAUCAGAAGAUCAUACUUCCCAACAUACAGAGGAACUGGAGAAAGUUGAUUAUUCGCCAUCACCUAAACGAGGUAAAAGCUCAGCCAUUGCAUGCAAGAUAAAAAGAAGUCGUCCAGUGUCUGGAUCACCUCCACGGUUAAAUGAUCCCAUAGAGCAAUUGAAAACUUUAGGCCCGCAACAUAAAUUCAUCAAACACAAUUGCAAAAAUAAUGAAAUUUUUAACAAAAUUGUUCGUGAACCAUCUCUACCAUCUCUUCCUGAGCAUAAAGAGAUACAUGAAUCUAACCUCAAGAAUGGGCGUGAUCAUAAAUUUUCCUAUCCUUUCUCAGUUUUUGACAUAAAUGAGAAUUAUGGUAGUGUCAGUGGUGAGCCUGACAAUAAUCAAGAGAUGCCUCUUGUAAAAGCCCGUUGCAUUUUUAUUGAGGAUGAUGGUGAUAAUGCAGAAACUUGCAACAGCACAAUGUGGUCUACUGAAGAACCAAAACAGAUCAUCUUAAAUGUGAAAGAGGAGGACUCAAGGAAUCAAAUAAUAUUUGAAAUGCUGUCAGAUGCGUUUUACAGCAAUAAUGAUUCUUCAUCAGAGGUAAUGAAAGUCAAGAGCAAUGAAAUAUCAAUGUCCCCCAACGUUCCUCCUAUUAUUGUCGAUUGCCUUAUGAAGAACCCAGAAAUUGAAUUGAGUGUGGUAACAGAGACAUUUAAUCCUAAACUUAUAAGCUCUUUUCCACCAGUGGAUUCUGUACCAAAGGUUGAUGAUUUGUCUGCCUCUUCAGACACUGAAAUGGAAGUUGAAAGUCUGACAAGUGGAUCAUCUGCCAAUCAAGCAAACCCCAUGGUUUCUGUUCAAAAUAUUUCCAAAAGUAAAUCUCCUACUUUGGACAUGUUGAGGUCUGUUGGAUUUGUCCGGGAGUCUAAACGACGAUGGUCUGGUGAGAACCAAGAUGAAUUGGAACACUUUGAGCGAUCUCCCAAUAGGAAUUCUUGGCACGGUCCUUACAAUCAAGCAAAGACCCUCUACCCAGAGAAGUCUCCCAGGUUUUCAAUUCCUAAGUCAAGGCCACCUCUGGCACGCACUAAAGCAUUUGAUAAAGAAGGCAUUAAGUCAACAUCCAAUGAGCAGGAGGUGGGUUCACUGCCUAACUCCGAUUGCUUUUACCUCCAGUUGCCAUCAGCUGUUCAGUGUUGUCCUUCUGCCCAGAAAUGUGGCUCACCCCCACCUGCUCACCACCCGCCUGUGAUGCUACGCUCAGUAUCCAUGUCUGGUGCCAUGUCGUCAUCCAUUGGCACAUCAGUAGGCGAUUCGGUGCUGAAUGAAAUAGCCACAGCUCGACGUACCAAACCUGGUAUAUCGCGGCAGGACUCGAGGCUCUCAGUCAAGUCCCUAAUAGAAAGCAUUGAGAAUGCCACAAAGCAAGCCAAGACCAGUAAGGGUCCUGGUGGCAGCCGAAGUUCAUCUACAUCAAGCCUAAGUAGUAUUGCAAGUGAUGUCAGAGCAGCAUCUGUGGCCGUUGGCACAGCUAAUUUUUCUCCAUCAACACCUUCUUCACCUUUACGGCAUCUCACCCUGGCAGACUCUGAAACCUUAUUUAAAGGGCCUUUGCGAGAUCAACAAUCAAAUAAUCAAAAUAAUAACAAUCAACUCCACAACAACAAUAAUAACAACAUGCAUUCUAAUAAUCGACUUGUGCAGCAGCAAUCUCGCAAAAAUGUCUUGAGUGAUAAUGGCAAAGCUAACAGUCUGGACAGUCUUAAAAGCAGCAUAGGGAAGCCUUGUGAAGAGGGAAGUCAGGUUUCCCAAGCUCCCCUUGCACUUGCCAACUUAGCCCACCACCCUGGCCUCACGACGCCUGUGUCCAUCCUUGCCAGCAAGAGUAUGGAUUAUACAAGACGAAACAGCUGUGGUGACCUGAGUGAAAGGAAGGAUCCACUAGCUCCUCUAGUUAAAAAUGGAGGUUCCAAACGAAAUGCUUUACUCAAAUGGUGUCAAAAUAAGACAGUUGGCUACCGUAAUAUAGAUAUAACUAACUUUUCAAGUUCAUGGAAUGAUGGACUGGCGUUUUGUGCCAUUCUUCACUCGUACCUACCUGAUCGAGUACCUUAUGACUCCUUAACACCAAAUGAAAAGCGACGCAACUUCACGAUUGCUUUUGCUGCUGCUGAGUCGGUUGGCAUCCCCACAACUUUGAAUAUCAACGAUAUGAUUCAAUUGGAGAGACCGGAUUGGCAACAAAUUAUGGCAUAUGUUACAGCGAUCUACAUACACUUUGAGACUUAGCCUUAUCCUGUACAACAUUUACAUCUGGUCUAGUUUGCUAUUAGAAAUGUUCUGUUUGGAUUUUGGGAGAAAAUCAGACAAUUUUGUUUCCCAAAUCCAUUUAGCUGGUCUCAUUUUUAGGAACAGGCUAAAACAGCUAUGACCUCAAUCCCCAAAUGAUCUGAGCUGCAAGAAUGUUACUCUUUUGCCUGAUCCUGUCACAUUGCUGUGGCUGUAUAACUGAGCUAGUCAACCAAAAGAUUGUCCUGUAUUAAUUUAUGAUAAUUAACUGUUUAUGAAAUGCAAAGUUGCCUACAAUUUGGAUAUCAGGAAUCUAGUUUUAUAUAAACACCAAUUCAACUUUUUCACUUGUGUAAGAAAAGGCUCUUUGUCAUAUUAUGUGGCUAAACAGUUCAUAGACGAACCUUGUAUUAUAAUUUAGUCAGCUUUAAUGUUGUUAUUUUUUUCUGCACGUGAUAUUGAAGCUGUAGUCUUCCUGAGUUGGUUGGGGCUUUGAAAAAUAUGUUUACUUUUUAAUGGGCAGCUUUAUUUUUAAUGGAAUAUUUUGUUUCCUUAUGAAAGUCCAGCAGAUUUAAUAAGCAGCUCUAGAAUAUGUUUAAUAUAUGUGAUUGAUGUGACUUUUUAAGUCUGAGGACAAUGUGGUGCCUUUGUAGAAGCAGCAUCUCAUCACUGUAUCAGUAUUUUAUCAGAGCAACAGAUUUUAUUAGUAUUGUCUCAACUCAGCUGUUUAGUUAUAUUUGAAAUUGGCCUUUAAAAUGAUUGGUUUUUAUUUAUCGUCUUUGGCAAAACUAUUUAUAGACUCUUGUGUUUUAUUGAUUGAAAUGUACUUACAACUGAGGGUUUUGUUUUGUAUGCUGACAAAGUUGUUUAACAUUGCUAUGAUAUGAAAUGCAGGUGAAUUGAAGAAUUGGCCUAGUCAAUGCACCCUUGCUUUGAAAAUUCUACAGCUUUGUUUGUUUUAGCAUCUAGUGUCUCUUCACUUUUCCUUCUCUCUUGUUAUCUUUAUUACUGUCACUGAAUGUAUUUUCUGAAGUUAAAUUGUGUCUAGAUGGUUUGCAAUCCCUUCUUUACUCUAAGAAGUCAGUUAUGUCAUGAAGCCUGGGAAAAAAGUUGUUUAAAAACUGUCAAUGAGAGAUUAAAAAAAUUUUGAAAAUAUUUUUAGUGGAAUCUUUGCUGGUACUGUUUUUCUGAUUGACCAUCUUGAUCAGCAUGUGAUAAGUCUUCAUUUAUUGUUCAGUAUUCUUUCUUAAUUGGGCUUCCCCUUCACUGUAAUUCGAAUCAGUUUAUUUGUUAAGAACUUGUUGCAGUUCAUUCCAAAAUGUCAAGGCAUUAGCCAGAGACACUGACUGACUUUAGUAGAUUUGUUUCCUUCGCCCUUUGAAACUUAGGUGGUGAGGCAACAAAAUUUAUAUUGGACGACUUUUUGAGAAAAAGGCAGCUUCCUGUUCACUUCCAAAUAUGUUAUAAAAUUGCCAUAGGAAUAAAUCUGUAGUUUUUGACCUUUAAUAUUGUUGUUUGUUUUGUUUGAAGUCCAUUAAUUCAUUUAAGUUUACUCUUUGUCCUUUGGUCACUUUUUAUAUUUAUAUACAUAUAUUUCCCCUCUCCCCUCUUACAAAUGUAAAAUAAAUUUCUUGUGCAAA